UGCACAAUAGCACAGUAGGUGGCGAUAUGCGCAAAGAUUGCAACUCGCCAUAAAACCAAGAAGAAGAAGAAGAAGAAGAAGAAGAAAGACGACGUUCGAUGCGUCAUGACGUGAGUCGUGUUCCUGUGACCUCACUCGAUGUCAUGCGGCCUGGGUUAGAGAGGAGGAAGAGGAGAAAACAACAACAAGCCUGCUGGGGCAGUGACAGAUAGAAGCCACACCGAGCUGACCAGUCUAGACUAGCAGUCCACAAGUCAGUCUAAUAUCACCAUUCGCUGUCGUUCCGAGGGCAAGAUGUCUUUGUUUGGGAAGUUGUUUGGUAGCAGUGGAAAAGGGGGCAAAUAUCCAAGCCCCCAAGAGGCUAUUCAGCGACUGCGAGAAACAGAAGAAAUGUUGACCAAGAAACAAGAAUUCCUGGAGAAGAAGAUCGAGCAGGAGCUCGUGACGGCCAAGAGAAACGGCACGAAGAACAAAAGAGCUGCAUUGCAGGCACUGAAGCGUAAGAAGCGCUAUGAGAAGCAGUUAGCUCAGAUUGAUGGCACCCUUUCUACCAUUGAGUUCCAGCGGGAUGCGCUAGAGAACGCUCACACCAACACCGAGGUCAUCAAGAAUAUGGGCUUUGCUGCCAAGGCCAUGAAAGCUGCCCAUGACAACAUGGACAUUGACAAAGUGGACGAACUUAUGCAGGACAUCACAGAACAGCAGGAGCUGGCACAAGAAAUGUCAGACGCAAUCUCAAAGCCUGUUGUGUUUGGGGAGGAAUUUGAUGAGGAUGAGCUGUUAGCUGAACUUGAGGAGCUGGAGCAGGAAGAGUUGGAUAAGAACCUUCUGGAGAUCGGAGACAAUGUACCACUGCCAAACGUGCCCUCUACAUCCUUACCUGCCAGACCAGCAAAGAAGAAAGAAGAAGAGGAUGAGGAUGACAUGAAAGACCUGGAGGCGUGGGCUGCCAAUUAAUGCUCCCCGAAACCCAUACACACUAAACCUCACCAAGAUACCCGUUACUAAAGGACCUGGAAGGACUCUUCAGUUUGUUACAGUAUGACGUCUUUGUGUCUAAAAUAGGUUAAUAUAUAAACACACACGAGAGGCAAACAAAUACAUGAAUGCAACUGCUCAAAAAAGAUUAUAAAUCUCCGCUAGGCUUACUGUCAACACACUCAUCUAAGAAAGUCUGAGAUUUUGCCUCAUUUCUCCUCAUCUCUGGAUUGUUCAGACACGAAAAAGGCUUGUUGUAGAUCUGUGUUUGGCACUCCAUUGCCUGUAUAAGUAGUCAUACAUUUUCAAAGUUCCAUCACAAGGAAUCCUCCGCUUGGUCCGAGAAACCAGAAAGCCUUUGCACGCAGGGGAAAGCGUCUGUAACGAUCUGUCGUGUUUUUGGAGAGAACAUGUGGUAUAUAUUACUAAUUCAUUUGUUCACAAGUUCUGUUAAAAGCACUAUAAGCCCCGUUUGAUUCCGUGCAUCGAGCAUUUCAGUACAGGUGCUUCCCACGUCCAAUAUCUGUAGUGCCCACGGGACGUCCUAUAUCAGCACUUAGGCUUUAUGAGUACAAGACUUACUCUCCGUUUCGGGACUGGGGUGGGCAUGAAGGUUUGAGGAUCCACCUCACGUUUGAGUGCUGCUGCAACAGUAAGACUUUUACUGUACCUUGCAUCUUUCUUUAAUGGCAUGACGGUUUACGGUCUCCUGACAGAAUGGGAUUCUUAUAUGGAAUAGCUGUAAAUAGGUUUUACAGAGUGCACUAUUAUGAGGCUCUGGUUUUAUUCAUUUUCCUCUCCUGAGAGUCUAUAAAACAUUUGCGUAUUGAAUAUUGAGAUGUGAAAGAAACACUAAACGCAUAACUAUGUUUAUUUAUCCAGCUCGGAACGUUUCAUUCAUGUUGUUUAUUGUUUGUUUGUCUUUUUGACACUCUCAUUUAUGCCUUUCAACCUUACACCUACAUUAAAGUUUUGCCAAAUUUAACACCUCUCUGGAUUUGGAAUUGCGCAUUAAAUGUUUCUUUCCAUUAUUUGCCUAAUAUUUCUUUAUUUAUGCACUUCAAAGCAUCAGUGCUCACCUUGAACAUGUGUUUUUGUCUACUGAAUAUUGAACAUGAGUUUGUAGAAAUAGUGUCCAGGCAGGAGGACAGAGAGUAUACUUUUUAUUUAAAAAUACCCACCGGUCCAUUACAUGCAUACAGUCAGUAAUCUUUCAGAGACGUCAAUGGAAUACAUGAUGGUGCUUUUCUGUUUCUUUCUUGCUAUGGAAAGGAAAAUGAAGAUUGUGAAGCAACAUGCUAUGAUCUGUAGUAAUGCAAACUGAUUUGUACAGAAUGUGAAAGACGAAGCUUUAAUACAUUUGUAUGUUGUCAUUA